GUGCUCCAGCCCCUGGUUCACUUGGCCACACUCACCAUGUGUGAAGAGGAGACCACUGCACUCGUGUGUGACAACGGCUCUGGCCUGUGCAAGGCUGGCUUCGCGGGAGAUGAUGCGCCCCGGGCCGUCUUCCCCUCUAUCGUGGGCCGCCCUCGCCACCAGGGUGUCAUGGUGGGAAUGGGCCAGAAAGACAGCUACGUCGGGGAUGAGGCUCAGAGCAAACGAGGGAUCCUAACUCUCAAGUACCCCAUUGAGCACGGCAUCAUCACCAACUGGGAUGACAUGGAAAAGAUCUGGCACCACUCAUUCUACAAUGAGCUGCGGGUAGCACCUGAGGAACACCCCACCCUGCUGACAGAGGCCCCCCUAAAUCCCAAGGCCAACAGGGAGAAGAUGACCCAGAUCAUGUUUGAGACCUUCAAUGUCCCUGCCAUGUACGUCGCCAUUCAAGCUGUGCUCUCUCUCUAUGCUUCUGGCCGCACAACAGGUGAGCAGCCUGUAAUCUGAUCCCUUCCUGACUCU